AUGGACGCAAAAGGGACGUGUACUAAAAUGAAGGACGGUGUUCGUAAUAAUAUAAAACUACCUCCACCGUUACACCCGAGUGACCAGUGGGUUGCGAUCGGAACCGGGAAUUAUUAUAAAGGAGAAUGGAAUCAUUGGACGAUGUCCGGUUACGGAGUUUACGUUAUACCUAAUGGCACUGUCUAUAAGGGCAAUUUAGACGACGGAUUGUUUCACGGAAGAGGCACAAUGUAUUACCCAUCAGGAUCCCGGAUUGAAGGAGUUUGGAGAAAAGGCAAAUGCGUCGAACGGAAUUACAUAUUCAGCGAUGGUCUCAGGUUUCAACCGAAUGAUUGGCAGUACUGCAAGAUGCCCGACAGAAGAUAUGCCAUCGAAUACGUUAAUGGCUUAGAACCGGCUGCUAAAAGUCGAAUUACCAAUCUUCAGCCAACGGUCGACGUGCCGGACGGUCUGUACGACGCCGGUGAUGGGUUUUAUGAUCCACUGACUAACACUGUACGCGAUUAUUGGUCAAAUAAACUGAUAAGGAUUCCCACUGAUGAAGGUGGCCAAUGGAUUGUUGAAAAUUGUCGUCGUGGUGGAGUUGUUGGAGUUGUAGGUUUUCGACCAGAUCUAUAUGAAAAUUGGUAUAAAAAGACAGAAAACGUACGUAACACCAGUUAUACAUUCCAAAAAGACAAAGACGCUAUUUCCAAACCAAUAAUUUACAAUGAUGAAUCAACUACAAUGGCUGACGUAAAAUCACCUACUUCAAUCAUGGUCGAUUUAACAAAUUUUCGGUCGAGACGAGGACCACCUUCAAUGGAUCGCUUGUCAUCGUUGACGUCGGUUGACGAUCGACUAAAUUAUUGCCAAAAAAUCGUGUUGAAACCACGUAGUGUGACGAACAACCAUUCACCUGCUUCCUUACACCAAAUCAGAUGAUCUUGGAAAUUGACAGCUAAUAUAAUGAUAAUUAUGAAAAUCGGCGUUUUCAUA